AUGCAGAUGAUGCAACAGAUGAUGCAGAUGAUCGUACACGACGGGCGUUGCGCCAGAGACUUGCGCGAGUUCAGUUCGAGAGCGCCGUUUUUGGAGGACUGCGGUGGAAAGUGGCCAGGAGCAGAGCCUUCAAUUCGGCUAUUCCGAACGCACAUCCGCUUGGGUAGGAUAGCUGUCAAUUCCGACGCCAAGUACGUGUACGUUGCACGCAAUCCGUGGGACGCCUGCCUCUCCCAGUACGUCAUGAACCAGAAAAUGCCACUUUGUCCGAUGCGGGAGACAUUCGACCAGUUUCUGGAUAUGUUUCUCGAAGGCUCUCUUACAAAUGGCUGUUAUUUCGAGCACGUCCUCUCUGGCUACACUCGCCGGAACGAGCCUAACGUCUUCUUCACGACCUACGAAUGCAUGAUGCGUGACACGGCAACGACUGUGCUGGAAUUGGCUGAAUUUCUCGGACUGAAGUACGUCGACAGCCCGGCACUUGCUGGCUCGGCGCUGAAAGAAACAGACGUGGGGGAUGAAACUUUCAACCUGGUGUGUCGUCCUGAAGUUGGAGCAUGGAAGGAGGCUUUCUCGCAAGAGCAGCUGAGAAAAACCGUGGCGAAAAUCAAGGAAUGCGCGGGAAAAGAUUUUGUGCUCGAGUUGUGGAAUAACGAGUGGCAGGAAGUUCUGCGUGCAGCCUUGUAA